AUGCGAUCGAGAAGUUUGGUUCUCUUGGCAACUGUCUUGCACAUAUCACACGCCUUGUCGCGUCCUAACAACCUCGGCGCGAAGCUGAGAACGUUGGAUCCCAGCUCUAGUCAGCUGCCUCCCUGUGCGGCACCAUGCUUCGCCACUGGGAUUUCCGAGUCACCAUGUACAUCAACCAACAUCACAUGCAUUUGCCUCCACACCGCCUCCAUAUCCGCCGCUAUGGCACCUUGCCUACUCGCGAGUUGUCCGACAAUUGACCAACUCCACACUCACAGAUACGUUGCGGUGGUAUGUGACGCACCGGUUCGAGAUGAUUCAUCAUGGAUGAUUAUUUCUAUUUGGACCUUGUUCUCGUUUGCCUUCACCUCUGUUGUCCUUCGUUUCAUUUCACGAACUCCCUACUUUGGCGUGCGCUUGGGUUGGGACGACUGGACAAUACUCGUUCUUCUUGUGCUUCAAAUACCACUCAACAUCACAGUUCAUUACUGUGUCCGAAAUGGCUUUGGUCAAGAUAUUUGGAUGCUGGAGGAGUACCAAAUUGUCGCAAUCUUCAAGGCCUAUUACAGCCCGAACCUCCAAAUGACUUUCAAGAAGAAGCUAGUGGUUGCUUUCAUUUUUCUGGCAGGUUUCGUUGUCACGGGCAUCAGCAUUGCGCGCUUCGUAGUCUUCAAACAGACCGACCAAGCAAAUUUCACAUUGACCGUUAACGCCAAGGAAAAGGUAUGCGCAUCAGUGCCCGCAGUUGUCUCCUUGAUCCGCUGGCUCAACGGGAAGAGGAAUACCACCAAAGACUCAUAUGGAACUCCUGGGGGUUCAACGGCGAUCGGGCCAAGCUUCAACUCAGACAGAAAGAAGGGCUCACGAGACCGAUGGCACGGAUUCACAGAUGUUUUCUCGACCAAUGACGAAUUCGAGCUGCUGGAGGACUCCAUUGCCGAGGAAUCAAGCCCGCAGACUUCGAGUCACAACAGGCACUCACGAUCUUCAGACCAAGCAACAGACCACGGGCCUCAAUUGGAUAAUGAAACUCCAUUUUACGGAGUAUAUCCUGGGAGGACAAUGUAA